AUGGCAGCCCGCCGCCUCUACAUUGGGCUGGUAGAGGGAGUGAGUGUGGGUUUUGUGGCCUUCAGCCCUCCUCUUGGCCCUACACCACGCUCACGGGUCACAGUGGCUUUGGAGGAAGGCCGCUGCUUAGUGCCGCCACAUCCUCUCCUCUGUGUGAUGUGGGCAGACUGUAGAGGUCCCUGGUGAGCUCUGUGAGAAACCUCACAACAAAGCAGGAGCAGCCUGCCUUGCACAGCCUGACUGAGUCAACAUGUUCACUCACUCACUGGGACGAGUUUGCGCUUGGUCCUUCAAGCCGGACACGAUCGAGCUCAAGCAAGCUUCGGCUGACGGACACUGAGGUUGCUCUGCACAUUUUGCCUUGGCGCUAAUCCUGCAUCCUUCCCUCCAUUUGGGCAAUUUACUGUCUCAUAUGAAUGAGUUGAGUGAACACAGUCACAGAGCAUACUAGGAGUAGUACUAGCCCUACAAAGGGAAAGCCAGAGGAUUGUGGGUGAUGCAUGUGCCGUUGAGGAUAAAUAAUCUGUGGUCUGUGUUGGGGGUGAGGGAGAGUUCUCCUCUGAGCCCUUGGCAUGGCCUACUUGAGCCACCAUGAAGAGGGGCAUUCAGAGUAUUCCUGUCACAGUGGACCCCCUCAGGACACAGGCAAAGUAUUAAUAUGCCAUGAAUGGGGACAGACAGACUGUCAUUAUCUCUCCCCGCGACGACUCGUGAAGCAGUGCACCCUCGAGUGAGUGAGCAAGGAGAAGUUUGCGCUGUCUGUGGAAUGGGAGAAUACCCAGACAUCCUCCUCUCAUAUUUGCUUGCCUUGCUGGUGUCAUUUCAUCAAGGCCGUUGGGCUUCUUAUCAGCGAGGCUGCUGGCAAGCCGUUCUGACAAUCUGAGCUACUCACCCUUGAUGAACUAGAGUUGAUGGCAUUUGGCACGCAUGUACCCUUAUGAGCUGGUUUGUUUGAGCUGUAGAGGGUGACUCAGUCAAAUGUAAUUGUAAUUCAGUAUCUGUAUCAACUGCAGAGAAUGUAACAGGACGUUAGAGAAUUAGUUGAAAUCCACUGAGUCUAGUGCUCUGCUCAGAUUGAUGUUAUAAAGUGCAAACAAGACAGGAAGAAGAGGAUUGGCAAUCGGCGAUCAAUGUGGGCCUACUUAUUAUGAGCAUAGACUAAACCCAAAGCAGAUGGGAACAAGUGGGAGGAUCUAUCGUACAGCUAAAAUGUAUUGUGGUUUAGCUGUUUUAUUUUCAUGAUGAUAUUUUGUGGGUGGAUGGACAAGAAAUAUGAAACAAAUGGUAAAAUGCCCUUUAAAGAUGCACUAUGUAGAAAUCGCUCUGCCAUUUCCUGGUUGCUAAAAUUCUAGUAGUUCGCCUAAUUUCAGUUUAUGUGAUUAAACAAGAGAUUAAUUGUACCAUCUAAACCGCUGUGAAAUAUAUUUUCCAUAACCAAAAAUAUUGUAUUUUCAGCUGUUUGAAGCUGCUUUACAAAAACAAAAGUAAAAGAGACAAAAACAAAACUUUAAAACGGAAAGCAUAGAAAUUGCGCACAUACAACAGAUCUACUGCUUCUUAGACUUGCUUUCAAUGAGAAUGACCGAUCUUUAACUCAAAUUUCUAUAGAAUUGUGUUGGGUCGCCCAAAAAGUUACAUAUUGCAGCUUUAAGUAGCCUAAAUCUCUCACGCUUCUACCCUCCGUUCUAUUGGCAAACGUGCAAUCACUGGAGAAUAAACUGGAUGAGCGCUGUUUGAGAUUAUCCUAUCAACCUUUUCUGAAGAACUGUAAUAUCUUGUGUUUCUCUGAGUCGUGGCUGAACAAGGACAUGGUAAAUAUGAAUCUUGCUGGUUUUUUAAUAAUAAUAAGGAUGUCUCAAGGUUCUGCUCGCCUGAGUUAGAAUAGCUCAUGAUAAGCUGUAGACCACACUAUUAUUUUUCGUAGCUGUCUAUUUACCACCACAAACCAAUGCUGGCACUAAGGCCGCACUCAAUUACCUGUAUAGGGCCAUAAGCAAACAAGAAAAUGCUCAUCCAGAGGCAUCGCUCCUAGUGGCCGGUGACUUUAAUGCAGGAAAACUGAAAUCCGUUAACCUAAUUUCUACCAGCAUGUCACCUGUGCAGCUAGAAGCGAAAAAACUCUAGAUCACCUUUACUCCACACACAGAGACCCAUACAAAGCUCUCCCUCGCCCUCCAUUUGACAAAUCUGACCAUAACGCUAUCCUCCUGCUUACAAGCUAAAUCUCAAACAGGAAGUACCAGUGACGCGCUCAAUAUGGAAGUGGUCAGAUGAAGCGGAUGCUAAGCUACAUAACUGUUUCGCUAGCACAGAGUCAAAUAUGUUCCGUGAUUCAUCCGAUGGCAUUGAGGAGUUUUAGGGCUGUCCCCGACAAAAAUCAAAUAUUUGUCAACUGAGAGUCGUCCUGUUCUUUCGACUAAGCGAUUGGUCAAAAUGUUUAACCUUAUUUUUCGAUAUAUAGACAGACACACCCUAUGUGUUUGAAUAAAAUGAACUACAUAUGCACUGAGCUUGUCUGAUGUGUUAAGCACAAUGUUUGAUUAAAUAAUUUAGACACAAAUGACUCAAGAAAAGACCCGAUGGUCACACUGUUAAAAAAUUGACAGCGAGUGCCUGUGUGACUGGUGCAUGUUGUCUCGCUCUCCUCCCUACUGCAGUGAAAAGGCACCAUAGCACAGCAAGUGGUUGUUGCGCUGUCCUGCUGAAGCUGCAACAUCAUUUCAGCCAUUUAGUUUCUUACUUGUUUCUGACUGAAAAGUUCUGUUACCGAAAUCCCUGAUUUGUUUAGGAAGAACUUUCCCUAUUCCCUCAACCCUUGCUGUCUUUACGUGAAACAUGUAAGCAUUGCAUGCAUGUGACCAAUAGGGCCUGACCUAUAGCCUAUCAUAAUCACAUCAAUAAAUUGGUUACUACAAACUCCGAACACAGUAACACGUGACUACAAAAUGGAUGUGGAGGACGUGAACCUCGAAACAACAAAAUGUUUACUGGUUGCUCAGGAGGGAAAGGGGAAGUCAGAUCUGUGGAAGACAUUUGACUUAGUUGUGGAAACUACUGGAGCUCAAGAAAAAGGAGGGUAUAGGAGCAAGCGUUGCAUGAGUAUUAUGUGUGCCAAACGGUUGCUGUUAGAGUACAAUAUUAUUACUUUUUCUGACCAUUUGGAACAGUGUAAACAACACUAAAUAAAUAAGUGUACCAGAGUCUGUUCUAACAAAAAAUAUUUAUACGCUACCGGUCAAACGUUUUAGAACACCUACUCAUUCAAGGGAUUUUCUUAAUUUUUACUGUUUUCUACAUUGUAGUAUAAUAGUGAAGACAUCAAAACUAUGAAAUAACACAUAUGGAAUCAUGUAGUAACCAAAAAAGUGUUAAACAAAUCAAAAUAUAUUUUAUAUUUGAGAUUCUUCAAAUAGCCACCCUUUGCCUUGAUGACAGCUUUGUACACUCUUGGCAUUCGCUCAACCAGCUUCAUGAGGUAGUCACCUGGAAUACAUUUCAAUUAACAGGUGUGCCUUCUUAAAAGUUAAUUGUGGAAUUUAUUUUCUUCUUAAUGCAUUUGAACUAAUCAGUUGUGUUGUGACAAGGUAGGGGUGGUAUACAGAAGAUAGCCCUAUUUGGUAAAAGACCAAGUCCAUAUUAUGGCAAGAACAGCUCAAAUAAGCAAAGAGAAACGGCAGUCCAUCAUUACUUUAAGACAUGAAGGUCAGUCAAUCCGGAAUAUUUCAAGAACUUGAACGUUUCUUCAGGUGCAGUCGCAAAAACCAUCAAGCGCUAUGAUGAAACUGGCUCUCAUGAGGACCACCACAGGAAAGGAAGACCCAGAGUUACCUCUGCUGCAGAGGAUAAGUUCAUUAGAGUUACCAGCCUCAGAAAUUGCAGCCAAAAUAAAUGCUUCACAGAGUUCAAGCAACAGACACAUCUCAACAUCAACUGUUCAGAGGAGACUGCGUGAAUCAGGCCUUCAUGGUCGAAUUGCUGCAAAGAAACCACUACAAAAGGACACCAAUAAGAAGAAGAGACUCGCUUGGGACAAGAAACACGAGCAAUGCCCAUUAGACCGGUGGAAAUAUGUUCUUUGGUCUGGAGUCCAAAUUUGAUAUUUUUGGUUCCAACCGCCGUGUCUUUGUGUGACGAGGUGUGGGUGAACGGAUUAUCUCUGCAUGUUUAUUUCCCCCUGUAAAGCAUGGAGGAGGAGGUGUUAUGGUGUGGGGGUGCUUUGCUGGUGACACUGUCUGUGAUUUAUUUAGGAUUCAAGGCACACUUAGCCAGCAUUCUGCAGCGAUACGCCAUCCCAUCUGGUUUGGGCUUAGUCGGACUAUCAUUUGUUUUUCAACAGAACAAUGACCCAACACACCUCCAGGCUGGGUAAGGGCUAUUUUACCAAGAAGGAGAGUGAUGGAGUGCUGCAUCAGAUGACCUGGACAAAUUGAGAUGGUUUGGGAUAAGUCGCACCGCAGAGUUGAAGGAAAAGCAGCUAACAAGUGCUCAGCAUAUGUGGGAACUCCUUCAAGACUGUUGGAAAAGCAUUCCAGGUGAAGCUGGUUGAGAGAAUGCCAAGAGUGUGCAAAGCUGUCAUCAAGGCAAAGGGUGGCUAUUUGAAGAAUCUAUAUCAAAUAUAUUUUGAUUUGUUUAAUACUUUUUAGGUUACUACCUUUCUUCUUUUUUUUUUUUCUUCUUUCUUUUUUGCAGAUGCUCUUACCCAGAGCGACUUACAGUUAGUGCAUACAUUAUUUUUUAAUAGUACAAAUAAAGAAAAACCCUUGAAUGAGUAGGUGUUCUAAAACUUUUGACCGGUAGUGUGUGUGUGUGUGUGUGUGUAUGUAUGUAUAUAUAUAUAUAUAUAUAUAUAUAUGUAUGUAUAUAUAUAUAUAUAUAUAUAUAUAUAUAUAUAUAUAUAUAUAUAUAUAUAUAUAUAUAUAUAUAUAUAUUUUUUUUUUUUUUCUUUUUUUUUUUUUUUUACUAAAAUGCUUGAUUACAUUUCAGAGCAUGAAUGUCUCAUAUGCUGUGUGAUGGAAUGAAUGAUUGAUUGAUGAUGCAGUAGCCUAUAUAUUGAAAUAUAGGCGUAAGUUACGGUAUUAAGACUCAACAGAAUGCGCUCUUAGGCUUACAGCUCGAUGGUGGUUAUACAAGGCUACUAUACAAAGCCUACUAAUGAUAACGACAAUACUUAUUAUUAUAAUGAUGAUCAUAAUAGUAAUUGUAAUAAUAACAAUAAGAAGGAGACCAAGAAAAAGGAGGGUAUAGGAGCGAGAGCUGUGUGCAUAUUACGUGUGACAAACAGGUGCUGUUAGACUACAGUAUUAUUUUUCUGCCUGUUUGGAACAGUGUGAACACUAAAUAAAUUAUAAGUAAUACCAGUCUGUUCUAACGGAAAUAAAUUGUAAAGCCUUUAUUACAUUAUAGCAAUGAUUAAAAACAGCCGAAUCUGUGAAAUUGCUUGAUCCAACAUUUUGCCGUUGCAUGAGGCUUGGUGCUCACGGAAUCAGUAUGCUGGUUAACUUUGGUAGAGGGUAGGUAAAGGUGCCAAUUCUACGGCGCACUGAAGAUUAUGUUUCAUAACUGCGGAGAGCGACCGUAUACAACGCGGGAGAAAGCACAUUUGUUAUAAAAUAAUAUUAGAUUUAUUAGUGUUGCACCAUUAUCUUUACAUAAUAUAACCAUAUACAAUUUCAUAUCACAUGACUUAGAGUGAUGGACUGUGCCUUCCCCGUGGCCUCCGCAAUAGAUUAGUCCACUAAAACAGGCGCGAAUCAGAUGGGUGUCUUGUUCACCAUGAAAGAAACAAUAUAUGCAACUGCUCGACUAAAGAAAUCUCAGUCGACCAACAAUCUAUUGAUCAAACAAUCUACCAGUCGACUAAAUGGGUUCAGCCCUAAGGAGUUUACCACAUCAGUCACAAGCUUCAUUAAUAAGGUGAAAUAAAAAAUAAAAUAAAGUGCAUCGACAACGUCGGCCACACAGUGACAGUAUGUCCAUAUCCCAACCCGAAGCCAUGGAUUACAGGCAACAUCCGCCCUGAGCUAAAGGCUAGAGCUGCCGCUUUCAAGGAGUGGAAGACUAAUCCGGACUCUUAUAAGAAAUCCUGCUACGCCCUCCGACAAACCUUCAAACAGGCAAAGCGUCAAUACAGGACCAAGAUCGAGUUCUACUACACUGGCUCUGACACUCGUCGGAUGUGGCAGGGCUUGCAAACUAUCACAGAUUACAAAGGGAAACCCAGCCACGAGCUGUCCAGUGACGCAAGCCUACCAGAUGAGCUAAAUACCUUCAAUGCGCGCUUUGAGGCGAGCAACACUGAACCAUGCAUGAGAGCACCAGCUGUUCUGGACAACUUUGUGAUCACGCUCUCCGUAGCCGAUGUGAGUAAGACCUUUUAAACAGGUUAACAUUCACAAGGCUGCAGGUCCAGACGGAUGACCAGGACGCAUACUCCGAGCAUGCGCUCCCUGCUAUCCAGGACCUCUAUACCAGGCAGUGUCAGAGGAAGGCCCUAAAAACUAUCAGACUCCAGACACCCAAGUCAUAUACUUUUCUCUCUGCUACCGCACGGCAAGCAGUACCGAUGCACCAGGUCUGUAACCAACAGGACCCGGAACAUCUUCUACCCCCAAGCUAUAAGACUGCUAAAUAGUUAAUCCAGGUAGCUAUUGGUUAACUAUUUAACUAUCUGCAUUGUCCCUUUUUGCACUAACUCUUUUGACUCAUCACAUACGCUACUCUUACUGUUUAUCUAUCCCGUUGCCUAGUCACUGUAUCCCUACCUAUAUGUACAGUGGGGGGAAAAAAGUAUUUAGUCAGCCACCAAUUGUGCAGGUUCUCCCACUUAAAAAGAUGCGCGAGGCCUGUAAUUUUCAUCAUAGGUACACGUCAACUAUGACAGACAAAUUGAGAAUUUUUUUUCCAGAAGAUCACAUUGUAGGAUUUUUAAUGAAUUUAUUUGCAAAUUAUGGUGGAAAAUAAGUAUUUGGUCACCUACAAACAAGCAAGAUUUCUGGCUCUCACAGACCUGUAACUUCUUCUUUAAGAGGCUCCUCUGUCCUCCACUCGUUACCUGUAUUAAUGGCACCUGUUUGAACUUGUUAUCAGUAUAAAAGACACCUACCUGUCCACAACCUCAAACAGUCACACUCCAAACUCCACUAUGGCCAAGACCAAAGAGCUGUCAAAGGACACCAGAAACAAAAUUGUAGACCUGCACCAGGCUGGGAAGACUGAAUCUGCAAUAGGUAAGCAGCUUGGUUUGAAGAAAUCAACUGUGGGAGCAAUUAUUAGGAAAUGGAAGACAUACAAAACCACUGAUAAUCUCCCUCGAUCUGGGGCUCCACGCAAGAUCUCACCCCGUGGGGUCAAAAUGAUCACAAGAACGGUGAGCAAAAAUCCCAGAACCACACGGGGGGACCUAGUGAAUGACCUGCAGAGAGCUGGGACCAAAGUAACAAAGCCUACCAUCAGUAACACACUACGCCGCCAGGGACUCAAAUCCUGCAGUGCCAGACGUGUCCCCCUGCUUAAGCCAGUACAUGUCCAGGCCCGUCUGAAGUUUGCUAGAGUGCAUUUGGAUGAUCCAGAAGAGGAUUGGGAGAAUGUCAUAUGGUCAGAUGAAACCAAAAUAUAACUUUUGUUAAAAACUCAACUCGUCGUGUUUGGAGGACAAAGAAUGCUGAGUUGCAUCCAAAGAACACCAUACCUACUGUGAAGCAUGGGGGUGGAAACAUCAUGCUUUGGGGCUGUUUUUCUGCAAAGGGACCAGGACAACUGAUCCGUGUAAAGGAAAGAAUGAAUGGGGCCAUGUAUCGUGAGAUUUUGAGUGAAAACCUCCUUCCAUCAGCAAGGGCAUUGAAGAUGAAACGUGGCUGGGUCUUUCAGCAUGACAAUGAUCCCAAACACACCGCCCGGGUAACAAAGGAGUGGCUUCGUAAGAAGCAUUUCAAGGUCCUGGAGUGGCCUAGCCAGUCUCCAGAUCUCAACCCCAUAGAAAAUCUUUGGAGGGAGUUGAAAGUCCGUGUUGCCCAGCGACAGCCCCAAAACAUCACUGCUCUAGAGAAGAUCUGCAUGGAGGAAUGGGCCAAAAUACCAGCAACAGUGUGUGAAAACCUUGUGAAGACUUACAGAAAACGUUUGACCUGUGUCAUUGCCAACAAAGGGUAUAUAACAAAGUAUUGAGAAACUUUUGUUAUUGACCAAAUACUUAUUUUCCACCAUAAUUUGCAAAUAAAUUCAUUAAAAAUCCUACAAUGUGAUUUUCUGGAUUUUUUUUUCUCAUUUUGUCUGUCAUAGUUGACGUGUACCUAUGAUGAAAAUUACAGGCCUCUCUCAUCUUUUUAAGUGGGAGAACUUGCACAAUUGGUGGCUGACUAAAUACUUUUUCCCCCCCACUGUAGGCACCACUGUUGCUGUUUAUAAGGAGGCACAUGAAAAUGAAUAUGUUUUGGCCCAUACCCUUCCGCACUUAAACACCUGUGAGUAUAAUGGUCGCACUGCAGAGCCCUGUGUGACUAUUAAUGCAGUGACAUGAAGGUUAAUAAAAUGUAAAUGUAAUAAAGAAUGUCCUCCAAUGUAGUCAUCUUUUAAUAUAUACUUAGUCUCCAUUUAUGUUAGGGCAGGGAUGAUACCAGUAUCACAAUUUUUUUUCCAUGGCAAAAAUGAAAACACAAAGCAGAUUUAACUCUUUGGUCCUUUAAAAACCUGCUGUAUGUAAAAUAUUGUGUGCUUGGAAAAUAAAUAAAUGUGACUCGAUGAUAACAUAAUGAUGUUUGUUUCCAACAUUAGGACUGUUUUCCUAAAGAAGUUAAAUCCUCUUUUGUUAUGUUUCCUUGCCACGAUACUAACUAUUAUCGCAAUACUGGUAUCGUCCCUAAUUUAUGUGGGUCGGAGUCAAAACAGUAGCCCUGUUGAACACCUUGUUAGUCAGUCUUGUAGUAGAAGAACAACAUAUUACAUUUACAUUUUAGUCAUUUAGCAGACGCUCUUAUCCAGAGCGACUUACAUGAGCAAUUAGGGUUAAGUGCCUUGCUCAAGGGCACAUCGACAUAUUUUUCACAUAGUCGGCUCAGGGAUUAGAACCAGCGACCUUUCGGUUACUGGCACAACGCUCUUAACCACUAAGCUACCUGCCGCCCCACAUAUCACUGCCUGAAUCGUUUAGCUUCCUAGAAAUAGGUUGUUUGAUGAGACUGCUCAUCUCAGGGGGUUGCUGUGAUGAAAAUGGAGGAUAAUGCAGCAAGAUAUCAAAACAUAGGAAGUGAGAAAUGGGGCACUUUUGGAAAAUGUAUGCACAUUCUGGCCCAAGUAAACCCAGGUGGAGUAACAUUGAUAACAUGUUUUUAGUUCCUCAUGAGCUGGCUAGAACGUUCUAGACAAGGCCUUAAUCAAUUGGAUUUGCCUGUGUGUAACUAGGCCUUAGAUAUCAGAAGGUUGCGAUCCGAAAUUAAGCAGUGAGAGGAAGCCACUGUGGACCACGUCUUUGUUCUCUGGGGUAGCAGAAUGUCUUGGUCGGGUAUGGCUGUCAACAAAGCUUUCGCAACAGGAAACUGGAGAAACUGAGCAAGAGGAGCAUUGCACGUUUGCAGUAUAGUACAGGGUAUCAUGGCAUACUAGGUUUAGAAGAUGUUUGUGUUGUCAAACAUGGAUUGUUUUGGGUGCUAGGCUAUAUUUAUUAUAAGCUUAGAGUGAUGAGGCUGAAUAUUCUCAUGUGGAUGGAUGUGCAUGAUUCCGAGUCCCUCACAUUCUACUGCUACUACAACCAGAGAUUGUUCAGUAAGCUUUCUCUACGGUCUCUGCUAUAACUAGGCCUAUAAGCACUGAUGCAGAGAGAGCCAUCACUCCAAAGGGUGUUUGUCUCUUACUUGACUAUAAAAGAGAGGACUUUGUUGUUGUGUUGAGUGACUGUAGCCUAGGUAGGCCUAUGAAGUAGAAACACUUGACUAGUGCCUCUUGAAUUAAUAAUUUCCUCUCUCCACUUAAGUCACUGGGACAUGCCUCUCACAGUACCCACACCCCUCUGUGGACACACACACACACGCACACUCUCAGAGAAAGGGUUUGGGGACUGCUUAGGUGGACAAAACACAUAUAGCCGGGUCCCCAUAGACUAAUGCACUCAGACCUAUAGAUCAGACUGGUAGGCUACGCUUGCACACUACACUCACGGACUGCAUCCAUUGUGGCUACUAGCUCCGGUUAGCAUUAGAUGGCUUCACCUCACCACCAUAAACACCCCGCCCCAUAACAUGGUGACAGCAGUGAGUCAUAUUAUGCCCAAAAAGGUAAUUUAGGCUCCCAGUGUUGCAAAGGCUGAUUCAUACAAGACAACAGAUGCAACCAUGCCAAAUUUAAACAGGAUGCUGUCUAACACAAAUGUAAUGUUGCUAAUGUUAAUGGGGGUGGUUGUGUCAUAGCUGAAUCAUUUGGUUAUGAGGAUGCUUGCUCUGUGGGCCAGGUGAGGGGAGGCUGGGGCAUUGGACAGGAAGGGUUCAAGGUUCAGAGGCUGGUUUCGGACGAGCAAGGGGUUUAGGGGACUAGCAGACAGACUGCAGGGGAAGGAAGCAAUGUGCUGGGCUCUCACUGUUUUACAACUUUCCUGGAGUCUGAAUCAGCUAGGGAGAUGGCCUACUUGGGAGGGAGAAAAGCAGGGUUGGACAUUUUUCAGUCAGACUUUGCUGCGUUCCAUACUUCGUUUCUGCUCGUUAAGUUACUGUGGCAACUUUAAAAUGAAGCAAAACACCAUUUAAGAAGGAAGGAAAUUUGCUCAUGACAUGCAUAAUCUACUAUAUUAAGUGUGUAGGCCUCUUUGUCGGUUGUUUUCCUUUUAGUUCUAUCCUGGAUUCAGGUCUUCAGUGAUUAGUCUGCUUUAAGCGCAAAAUCAAGUGAAACACUCGCAAUGCACAAGGCCACCCUUUAAAUUUAGAAACGCCUCUUCUAUAUUCUAAUAGAGCACAGGGAUGAAUCCUGAUUCCCUGUCCUCGUUUAGAGGUGGAAAACGGCACAAAUGAAACAUUUACAUUAUUGUCAUUUAGCAGACACUUUUAUCCAAAGCGACUUACAGGAGCAGUUAGGGUUAGGCCUAAGUGCCUUAUUUAAGGGCACAUCGGCAGAUUUUUCACUUAGUCGGCUCAGGGAUUCGAACUAGCAACCUUUUGGUUACUGGCCCAACGCUCUUAACCACUAGGCUACCUGCCGCCCAGGCGUGCCACAAAGUCAUAAACCCCACCCUUAUUAAAAAAGAUUGCAGUCAGAGUGCAGUAUAACUGCAGGACAAUACUGCGUCCAAAAUAACACUGUUUUUUUUUUUCCUGCAGUAAUUUUGCAGUGUAACUGCAAUUAGAGUGCAGUAUAACUGCAGUUAUUCUGCAAUUACUGCAUCCAAAAUACCACAGUCGACUGCAGUUACUGCAGUUUUUCAAAACUGCAGUCGUUUUUUGUAAGGGCAACUAUUUGUACAUUUUCUCUUCUUAAAAUUAGAUUUUAAACCUAACUGUCACCUUAACCUUAACCACACCACUAGCCUAAGCCUAACCCUUACCUUAACCCUAACCUUAACCACACCACUAGCCUAAGCCUAACCCUUACCUUAACCCUAACCUUAACCACACCGCUAGCCUAUGCCUAACCCUUACCUUAAAUUAAGACCAAAAAGCUCAUUUUUGUUUUCAUGAAUUUGUACAAUAUAGACCAUUAUGACUUUGUGGCUGUUUUUUAUCUAGUGGAAUCCCAAAUGUAGGCUACAGAGAAAAGCUGUUUGGCUCUCAGACGACUCUCGAAUAGGAAGGACUUUGCAGCAGGUGUUUCUGAUUAAUUAACAUUGCCAUGCUGGUGGGUGGUAACAUUUUAAAUAAAACCCAGGCCUGAAAUGAAACGUAGGCUGAACUAAAUGUGCUCGUCAUCUCUUAGGAAAAGACAUGUAAGACUCACGGAAACAUCCGAAGUCACACAUUCGGAUUUGGCACUUCAAGCCCAAAUAUAUCAUACUUUGACUUAUUGAUGAUGAUGUAUUGAUUUGCAUCGUUGUGUAACAUCAUCGGUAAGCUCUGGCCAUCGUCUUUCAGCUCGAAAAAGUUCAUUUCUACUGGUGUGGCAUUUAAUGUCAUACAUUUGAUAGUGGAUGAGUAGGCCAACAGGUCCCCAUUUGGAAGUGUCCAACUGAUGCUUGAACCGUCUCCAGGUUGAAGACCAGGGCUGGGAAAUACUGGUCUAAACUAAGAAUCACAGCCUAUCCCCCUAGAUACAAGUGGCACAGUAGCUGUUUUUUACACCCAAUUCAGAGGUUCUGGCAGUAAAUCCCUGAUAACCAGGCGUUGUGUCUGUCUGCAGGCACCCCUGUGCGUGUGUGUGUGUGGCUAGAUUGCAAUAAAGAGAGCCAGACGGGCUGGAUUAUUCCUGGGUCAGGACCACGGGAUUAGGCCAGGGAUUAUCACAGCUCAGUCAGUGAGACCGCACCCAGUGGACUGGUGGUAUUACAUCAGACAGUCAGCCCACCCUGCCUGCUCUCUAGGCCCUUCCCUACACACACAUUUCAAAUGAAUCCUUUUCAUUGUUGUUCGAGGUGAGCCCCACUGCAGUCAAUGCAGAAAGCUAUUACACAAUAAAGACAAUUUUGCCAAGUCCGUGUCCAAGUCCAAAAUCUGAAAAAGUUGUCUCAAUCCCGAUUUGGGGGUCCUUCGCAGUCCCUAACUUCUCGAUUUAUUCCCAGAACUCGGGUAACUAUGUCCCGUCUUGCACAUAGGGCCAAGCCCAAGUUGAAAUGCAUACAUAAAAUGCUUGUUUCCCAGAUUCAGUUCCCUUCACCGUGUCCCACUAUGGUAAUUUAUUAUUAAUGUUACGGAGCAACACCUGGAUACGAGACACAUCCAGAACGAGAGAGAGAGUGUGACGGGGAUUUAGCACACAGGGCUUCUAUGUGCAUCUGAUGGCUCAGUUGGUUGGAGCAUGGUGUUGGCAACAAUGGGUUUGUGGGUUUGAUUCCCACAUGGGUCAUAGUAGGGUUGGGCGAUAUGGCCUAAAAAUCGUAUCUUUUUUAAAUGUAUUUAUUUGUUUUGGGGCUAUUCACGAUAUAUACACGACAUAGCCAAAAGUAUGUGCUGCUCGUCGAACAUCUCAUUCCAAAAUUAUGGGCAUUCAAAUGGAGUUGGUCCCCCCUUUGCUGCUGUAACAGCAUCCACUCUUCUGGAAAAGUAUUUCUACUAGAUGUUGGAACAUUGCUGCGGGAACUUGCUUCUAUUCAGCCACAAGAGCAUUAGUGAGGUCGGGCACUGAUGUUGGGUGAUUAGGCCUGGCUCGCAGUCGGCGUUCCUAUUCAGGAUUGAGGUCAGGGCUCUGUGCAGGCCAGUCAAGUUUUUCCACACCUAUCUCGACAAACCAUUUCUGUAUGGACCUCACUUUGUGCACUGGGGCAUUGUCAUGCUGAAACAGGAAAGGGCCUUCACCAAACUGUUGCCACAAAGUUGGAAGCACAGAAUCGUCUAAAUUAUAUAGCGUUAAAAUGUCCCUUCACUGGAACUAAGGGGCCUAGCCCGAACCAUGAAAAACAGCCCCAGACCAUUAUUUUUCCUCCACCAAACUUUACAGUUGGCACUAUGCAUUCGGGCAGGUAGCGUUCUCCUGGCAUCCUCCAAACCCAGAUUCGUCCGUUGGACUGCCAGAUGGUGAAGCGUGAUUCAACACUCCAGAGAACGUGUUUCCACUGCUCCAGAGUCUAAUGGUGGCAAGCUUUACACCCCUCCAGCCAACGCUUAGCAUUGCGCCUGGUAGUCUUAGGCUUGUGUGCAGCUGCUCGCCCAUGGAAACCCAUUUCAUGAAGCUCCCGACAAACAGUUAUUGUGCUGACGAAUGCUUCCAGAGGCAGUUCAGAACUCGGUAGUGAGUGUUGCAACCAAGGACAGAAGAUUUUUACGUGCUUCAGCACUCGGCGGUCCCUUUCUGUGAGCUUGUAUAUGUUAAACUAACUGUAAGUCACAUUGGGAAAAAGCUGCAGCUAAGUAAGCAGGUAAAAUAAAUGAUGAGUUUAUGCAGGCAUUGUUUGAUAACCUAACCGCAGAAUAUGUAGCGCAUUCAGAGUUGUUGUGUUUUAAACUGAGGAGAUGGUCAGAUAUUUGGGGGAUAAAUCACCACCUAGCAAGUUUGGGAUCAGUCAAUCCUUCUGGGAAAAAUAUGUUACCUUGACCAUCCCUGAAUGAACAGUCAUCCUCCAAUUUUUAUGAAGUAUUAUAAUUUUGAUGUAAGAAUUGUCUCAACAUGCAAACGAAUAAUACAAAAGUAGUGAAACUAACAAGUGAACUAUUUCUGAGUGUCUCUUUAAGAUUCUAACAGUGUCUUCCUUUCUGUUUGGAUCCAGGACUACACUGUGCGAAUGAGUGAUUGAUGCCAACUUCGCUUCUUAAGGUAAGAGAUCAACUCCUUGAUCCACUUAAAUCAUGAUUGUAAAUGCAUUUAAGAAGUUUUAUAUUUACUUGUACAAAAAAAAAGAUUAGGCCCCCCCAAGAAAUGUAAGCACCCACAUUUAGUUGGAUUAUUCUGUAACAGUGAUCACCCAGGAUUAGGAUUAGCCUAGGCCUCCAGUUACAAGUACAACACAUCUGGAUUAAUAAUCCAAUCAUCUGUUUGCACUGUGUAAGGGUCAUUUUGUUGGUUGUCACUCAGUAAUAAGGCAUGUGUUCCGGUUCUCCCAGGGCAGUAUGGGUGUGUGUCCCCUGCUCCUGCUGCUCAGUGUGGCCCUCGGGGUCUCUGUCUCGGCCCAGAGACCACCUCCCACCCCCACAGGUAAGAAGGACCCACAUGACAUCAUCACCUGAACAGCCGGAUCCCACCACUGACACCAUUUGACAUAUUCAACGCUAUUGUUCAAAAUACUUCUUUGUAUCACUGCAACUCUCCUGAAGCUGCAGUUGAGGCAAAAUGACUCAACAGAAAUAGCCGAAAUAAAACAAAUCUCUCUCUCUCUCUCUCUCUCUCUCUCUCUCUCGCUCUCUCUCUCGCUCUCUCUCUCUCUCUCUCGCUCUCUCUCUCUCUCUCUCUCUCACACCUUACCUUUCAUCCCUAGGAGGUCCAGUCCCCACUGCCAAACCUAAGGAACCUUCAGCCACCACCCUCCUCAAUGUUCCCUUGACAACAACAACAACCACCACCACCCCUCUUCCUCCCCCUCCAACAACCACAGCCCCGAAGGUUGCCGUGACGACAAUGACAACUACCACAACCGUGGAGGGGGUCAUAUUGACAGCAGGCCCCAGUGGUGCCACACCUAUGCCCGCCCCCCCUCCACCACCCCCUGGCCCAACUGAAGCCCCACAAGUCCCCACGGGGGUGACCCCCACCCUGCAGCCACCCCCUGCUCCGACCACAGUCAGUCAGGGAGGGGGAGGGGAGAAUGGGACCACACCCUCUGUUCAAGAGACUCAGUCACCAGACAAUGCCACCAACACAGACACAAAACCGACGGUGGAAGCAACGUCAGCCACUAGCAGUGCUACUGUUCCAGGUGUGUGUCUGUGUGUUUAUUGUAUGUUGGUGUCUGGUGGAGUGUGUGUGAAAGUCAAGAAGUUAAGUGUUGUGGGGGGUUGUGGUGUAUGGUUUUUUAGGUUUGAUAGUAAUGAGACUCUUGUUUUAUCCUCCUCAGGUGGUGGAGAAGAAGACACCGGUAAGACUGUGUGUGCGUGUGUGAGGUGUUGAUGUCUGGAGUUACAACGGUAUGCCAAACGGUCAUACAACCGUACUGACAUUAGCACAAUAUAACAGAUAAGUCAUAAGCAGUCUUGGCAGUGAUGUGCCAAUAAUUGAACUGUCGAACACACACAGUAUUCAAGUCCUCCAUUAUCUCUCCUCUGUCUGUGGUUUCUGUCCAUCCUCUAUGCCCACGGUAUGAGACAUUGAAAUGGAAUGGUCCGAAUAGUCCCCCUUCUCUACUCAUCAGUUUCAAUUACCUUCCUAACAACGUGGUGCAGCACCAUUCAAUGUGUACAUUGUCCCUCAGAGAACACUGAAAAUUCCACUGAAAAAUGAACAACAAUUAGCUGAAAUAGCCAAGAUGUCAGUCUGAACAACAUGAAAUCAAAUGUGGCCCCCGUGUGGCUCAGUUGGUAAGAGUGGCUUAGUGCUAGCAAUGCCAGGGUUUAGGGUUCGAUUCCCACUGGGAUCACAAUCACUUGCUGUUGCUUUUAUCCAAAGUAUGCUAAAUGGUAUAUAAUACUUAUUAUUAUUAUUAUUAUUAUUAUUAUUAUUAUUAUUAUUAUGUUGCUUGGAUUGGGACAGACUAUAUCUAUAGCCUGUGUUUAUAUUGUAAUCUAUGAUUGGCAAUCCUUAUCUAUUUGGUUAACCCCUCUGCUUCUAUAAAGUCGUGUCAUUGUUUGGGUCAUGAUGACUGUAAUCCAGAUGCAAAAGCUGCUCUGUAACGAUGGUUAAUGACAUCUCUGUACUGACGGUUAACCCCCUAAGGUCGAUGUCCGCGCUCCCGUGGAAAUCUAACUAGCAUAAUAAAAAAUAGGAUGCGUUUCAAUCCACCUUAUCCGCCGAUGUAACACUGCCGCAUCUGCGGUGAAAGGUGACAGAGCUAGAGCAGUGUUUGUCAGACCAUGAGACACCCCGAAAAUCGGUCUUCUCACAAAAUCGUCUGUAGUGUCCAAAUGGUUUGGCCUACAAACUAUUAUGAACCCUCUAUGGAAAGAUGAGACUCUCACGUUUUGCUCUACGACCCCCCACAAGCAUCUUGGGUCUUGUCUGAAGUCGGUACAGCCAAUCUGCAAACUUCUGUCUGUAGUGUCCGAACAGUUUGGUCUUCACACUAAUAUGACCCCUCUGUGUAAAGGUGAGACUCUCCCGAACAGGUACAUGUUUUGCUCUAGGACACCCACAGGCCUCACAAGACUUGUCUAUCUGUAGUGAAUCUUUUAUUCAAUGCGUUUGUAUGGGCUAAUAGCAGUAAGGCCCAAAAAAAAUGUAUCCAUCAAAUCAUUUUUGGUAUAUUUAUUUGAUACUUCAAAGGGUUGUAGGUUCGUUUCCCACGGGGGGCCAGGGGGGCCAGUAUGAAAAUGUAUGCACUCACUAACUGACUUAAAUGUAAAUGUAAGCUGAUUUGUGCACUUGAUCAAGCUUGCUUAGCGCAGUGUGCCAACCCAAACCCAAUUUGGCACUCCAGACAGGCUCAAUCAAAUGCCAAAUCAGUCAAAUACAGUUUGGACCCAUGUCUGAUGCGUACUGGGAACAUAUGUUAAACUUAGUUUCAGUGCCUGACACCAGCCUCCUGUCUUGUAGCCUAUCAUGUGUAAGAUUGACUCUGCCUGCAAUUAAAUAGUGAUGUAUCCACACUGAAGGACUGUGUCCACGUGUACACUCAGCACGGCAAUUUUUCUUAGAGAGCAAAUCAAAUAUUAACACGUCAGGCACUUCCACCAUCUUGCUUUUGUUGGAAUCCCAGUGCUGGCGGGAAAAUGUAGGCUAGUGAACCGGCAACCAGGGGGCUUCUGGUAUCUCUUGUGCCCCACCGCCAACUACUGCCAUUGUGCCCUUGUGCAAGGCAGAGUGCUCCAGGGGCGCUGCUCUGACGCUGACCCUGUGCUGCUCCCAGCCUGUGGUGUGUUUGUGUGGUGGGUCUUGUAAUGUGACCGACAAAAGACAAGUAGUCAUUGUAAAAUGGAUAGAUACACUUUUAAAAUAUGUUGUGAAUUAUCUCUCUCCUGUCUCUCUCAGAUGACACGCCCAUCAUCGCGGUGAUGGUGGCUCUGUCGUCCCUGCUCGUCAUCAUCUUCAUCAUCAUCAUCCUCUAUAUGCUGAGGUCAGUCAUACUCGCUCAGGUAGAAACCACCCACACCACUAACCCCGAUCCACACCACUAACCCCGAUCCACACCACUAACCCUGACCCACACAACUAACCCUGACCCACACCACUAACCCUGACCCACACCACUAACCCUGACCCACACCACUAACCCUGACCCACACCACUAACCCUGACCCACACCACUAACCCCGACCCACACCACUAACCCCGACCCACACCACUAACCCCGAUCCACACCACUAACCCUGACCCACACCACUAACCCUGACCCACACCACUAACCCUGACCCACACCACUAACCCUGACCCACACCACUAACCCCGACCCACACCACUAACCCCGACCCACACCACUAACCCUGACCCACACCACUAACCCCGACCCACACCACUAACCCCGACCCACACCACUACUCCUAACCCUAACCCACACCACUAACCCCAACCCACACCACUAACCUUAACCCCAACCCAACCCACACCACUAACCUUAACCCCAAUCCACACCACUCACCUCAACCCACACCACUCACCCUAACCCCAACCCACACCACUCACCCCAACCCACACCACUCACCCUUACUCACACCACUCACCCUAACCCACACCAGUAACCCUAACCCACAACACUCUCCUGGCUCCUGUUCAGUAGGGCACACCGUAGCAAAACAAUUUGCAACAAAGUGAAAAUUGCAUGAGUUCAGCUAGUACCUUGGCUAAAUUCAGCUAGUACCUUGGCUAAGGUCAGCUAGAACCUGUCCUUUUCAAAAGUGUUCUCCCUACUGAACACAUCCAUGGGGUGGAUUCCCUGAAAGCGUUGUGGCUAAAAUGACAACCAUGCCCCACAGCAGUGAGAGAGUCAGAAUUGUAAAAUCUUACGUUUGACAGUCAAUCUUCUUAGCUUGAAGCGAGCGAAGUUCGCAAAAUUAAGCCCUUUGCUGUUCUGCCAGGGGCCUGGGUCUAUACUCUACGUCAGAGUGAGAAAUAGUGCCACAUUAGCUACGAAGCUUUAGAGGAACUCGCCCCAGGGUCGUGUUCAUCAGCCACCAAACAGAAGAAAACGGACUGACACAGGGAGGGGCUACCUGAACUUGUCCAUGAAGAAACACAUACUACGUUUUGCUAUGGUGCGCCCUAAUGAAUACAACCCUGGUUUUCUGCCCGACAGUAGCAGCUUCAGCCUGAUGUCUCAGGCUGGCAUAUUUCAACUGAAAAGAAAAGUGUGUAGAGCUAUACAAUACUGAGACAUGAGACCCGCGUAAAACACUAACUGUCUUGUACACCCAAAACUACUCCCACAAUUCAUUAAAGUUUUUCGAAGCGCAGAGCAGGAAAUGGCUUGCUCGUCACCUUUCAUACGGUCACACCAUAUUGAGGACAGUAUUGAUUAACCAAGUGUUACAGAAGUUACCAUGGCAAUGGCCGUGUGUGUCAUUCUGGAUAUAUUUAUUCAUGCAUGCGUGUGAUUGACAGGUUUAAGAAGUACAAGCAGGCCGGCAGCCAUUCCAACUCCUUCAGGCUGACCAACGGUAGAUCAGAUGAUACAGGUAAAAUCACUGUGUGUGAACACAUGUUUUGCCUGUGGUCGUACACUUACAGGGACUUGUAAUGUAUAUCAUAGCCAACUUUCUGCAUUGUUCUCUGUUUCGAUAAGAUCACAUUGGUUUUGUGGUCAUUUACUGGGUCUCGGCCUAUACUGUUGUUUCAUGUAUUGACUUGUGGCUCAAUAGCAGUGUUGGAUUGGUUUACGGCGCCCCCUUGUGGGCUUUUGUUACAGAACAGACAGUCAGUUUGGUGAUGUUGUGCGUGUAGAUUGGAAUGUAAUGUUUAGGACAUGUAAUAUAUAAUACAUUUUCUGUAGUGCAUUGAUUUAGUUUAUAAUCGUUGGUUGGUGAAUGUGUCACUAUCUGGCUCUUACAACAGCUUUUUGUAAUUGUUUUUUACUGUAACAAUUGUUAAUAAAUACUAUUUAUAUAGUGUAUAUAAAUAAUUGUUUUUGUAUAAUUUAUUGUAGGCAGUGUCACAACAAUAAGGGUGUCUGUCUCUGUCUAUCUCCUGUGGAACUCUAUCUCUACCCAUCUUUCCCCUCCCUUUCCUUCCCUCCUCUCUUUCUUCUCCAUCUUCCCUGCUUCCUGCUCUCGCAGAGCUCCAGAGUGUGCCACUAUUGGCCCGCUCACCCAGCACCAACAGGAAGUACCCUCCCCUUGUUGUCGACAAGCUGGAGGAGGAGAUGAAUCGUCGCAUGGCUGACGACAACAAGCUCUUCCGGGAGGAGUUCAACGUAUGGAGUCCCUAUGCACGCACACACAAAUGUGUGUGUGUGUGUGUGUGUAUAUUAUAUGCAUACUCGCGCGCACACAUUUACACACACACACACACACACACACACACUUUAGUAAUCUAUGGGCCACAUCAGGACAAUGGGCAGGUUGUACUUGCAUCUACAACCCUCUGUGUUUGUGUGAUUCUAGCUACUGACUCAGAUUGGAGUGGGAUCCUAUCUUACACAGCCUAUGUCUGUGUCCCAAUACUUCCUAAUUCCCUUCCCUUAGCGUUCUUUCCUUAUUUGCUUUAUUUCCGUGUUCAGCGGGGCUGCUUUUGGAAAGAAUAAUAUCCCCAAUAGAAACAUGCAUCUCUGGUAUUCAGCUAAUAUCAGUGUUACCUGUCUGUGUGUCUGAUGGCUCGCUGUGUGUCCAGGCGCUGCCGGUGUGUCCCAUCCAGGCGUCGUGCGACGCGGCCUCUAAGGAGGAGAACAAGGAGAAGAACCGAUACGUCAACAUCCUGCCAUGUGAGUCCCUAAAGCCUGAUUCCCCCUUUGGGACCAAACUGUACUGUGCUGGCUUGUAUGUUUCCUUUCCAGCACUGUUCCCGCAUCUAUGGCGGAUGCGUAACCACGGCAGUAUAGCUCGGCUUGGAUCGGUUUCGGCCCGAUAGUCUGAAUCGGGCACUAGUCUGUCAAACUACUCUUCCUGGAACAGACUUUAAAGGAGCUACAUGUAACAUUUUAGGCAUACAUUUGAUUUCUUCAUGUUUUUUUGAUGGACACUGCUUAAUAACACCUAACAUGGCAUAGUGGCUUCUUACCAUUUGCAAAGACGUAAUACGUUUUGCAUUGCUAAUGUUUUUGCUAUGUUGUCAACCUUCCAAACGAGAACCAAUUGUAAUUCAGGAAGUCGUAUACAACAGCUGGACCGGCUAGUCGCAGUAAAAAAAAAAAAAAAAAAAGAAUUAGCAGCGUCAAGCGGCGUUCUGAAAAGUAUGUUUUUACUCUCGUGGAUUUCUAUUAUUUUGCUACUAUUGGUAUGUAAUUGGCAUUUGGCACUAGAUGUAAAUGUUGCAUGUAGCUCCUUUAAAACAGGCUGGCGUUUCAGCUAAUCAAGGUUCUGUUGUGUUUCAGAUGAUCACUCCAGGGUGCAUUUGUCAUCACUAGAGGGAGUUCCAGACUCCGACUUCAUCAACGCAUCCUUUAUCAACGUGAGUGACGCCACAAGCCAUCGACAUCAAUGACAGGCUCUGUGUAUUUUUUUUUUUUUUAUUAGCUACCCCUUGGCCAGGUCUCCCUUGUGAAAGAGGUCUUCUGACCUUAAUUGAACUUCUUGGUUAGAUAAAUAAAUAAAAGGUUGCGUUAGAAUAAUGCAGUCUUUUUCAUCACUCUCUCUCCCUCCCUCCCUCCCUCCCUCUGUCUAUUUCAUUUGUAGAACGCAGGUCCCACGCUAAAUGACCAUGAAGUAGAAACAACAUCAAUACAUCAAAAAGUAGAGAAACAUCGAUGAUACAUCAGAACAUUACCUAACAAUGCAAGACAUGGUCAUUAAACCCGUUCAGCGAUCAAAUGUUUUUCUCACACUCUUCCUCUUCUGCCUUCCUCUUGUUCACAGGGGUACCAAGAGAAAAACAAGUUCAUUGCAGCUCAAGGUAAAGCGGCUACUCUAGCCACAGGGGUAGGCUGAUGUGAUGAAAUGCCAUGAGCCAUCUUGUCUUCGUCCCAAAUGGCACCGUGUUCUUUAUGUAGUGCACUACUUUUGACCAGAGCCCUAUGGGUCCUGGUGCAAACGCAGUGCACUACAUAGGGAAUAGGGUGCCAUUUGGGAUGAAGACUUGAAUGUCAAUACGACCCAUCUCUUGGUUCAAUUCAAUCCGUUGAGCUUUAUUGCCAUGUUAAUAUGACAUCAGAUUAUAUUGCCUAAGCAAACAUACAAUAACUUAUUAAAUCAAUGAUGAUAAUAUACAGUAGAUUAUAAUAUCUCUUCUGUCUCUCUCUCUCUGUCUCUCUCUCUCUCAGGGCCAAAGGAGGAGACGGUGAACGACUUCUGGAGAAUGGUCUGGGAACAGAACACAGCCACCAUCGUCAUGGUGACCAACCUGAAGGAAAGAAAAGAGGUAGGGGAGGAGGAGGUGGAAAAAGCGGGGGAGGGGUGACAACAGGGGUGUGUUCAGCAAGGUGGAACGUUCAGAAUUUUGCAGAUAGAAAGUAUAUUAAAACAAUUGACACGACUGCCUACUCAACAUGAAAUGCAUUUAAAACAUCUGUUCUUCACAGUACAAAAUCUAUUGUAAUGUUCCACCCUCCUGAACAGACCCCUACUAACUAGGUCUUUCAUAGUAGUUGCUAUAUGACGAUGAUUGGGUAUGUUCAGCAUUUCAAAUUUGCAAUGUGAAAAGGCAUAUGAGUGUACGACUAUGAGUGUUUGUUUCUUUUCAUUUGAAAGAAAUCCACACAGCGGCAAUCUCUCUGUGUGUCUCAGUGUAAGUGUGCCCAGUACUGGCCAGACCAGGGCUGCUGGACCUACGGCAACAUCCGGGUCUCUGUGGAGGACAUGAUGGUGCUGGUGGACUACACCAUCCGCAAGUUCUGCAUCCAACAGGUACCCUGCUCUUCUCUUCCUCUCUCCUUCUCCUGUCUUCUCUGGACAUUCUUUCCUCUCUCCUCUUUAUCCUCAGGGACUGUUCUCUCUCCUCUUUAUCCUCAGGGACUGUUCUCUCUCCUCUUUAUCCUCAGGGACUGUUCUCUCUCCUCUUUAUCCUCAGGGACUGUUCUCUCUCCUCUUUAUCCUCAGGGACUGUUCUCUCUCCUCUUUAUCCUCAGGGACUGUUCUCUCUCCUCUUUAUCCUCAGGGACUGUUCUCUCUCCUCUUUAUCCUCAGGGACUGUUCUCUCUCCGCUUUAUCCUCAGGGACUGUCCUCUCUCCUCUUUAUCCUCAGGGACUGUCCUCUCUUUAUCCUCAGGGACUGUCCUCUCUUUAUCCUCAGGGACUGUCCUCUCUCCUCCCUUUUUCUUGUCUUGUUUUCUCCUCUCACCACACCAUCUAUCAAACCCAUGUGAUGUGGAUGGACACCAAGCAUUCACUAAUCAACAACACUAUUUAUGGUUAUUCUUAGCAGCUCUACAGGUUUGGUACACUGAUGGCAAAGCUCAUGUGAAAAUGUAAAAACAAAAAUCAUUUGAAGAUAACAUUAGGCUUGAAUAAUACUCCAAAUCAGUUAGACUAAUGGUGUCUCUGUCUCUACUCCUACCCCCCCUUCUCUCUCACUCAUUCACUCACUCACUCUCUCACUCUCACUCUCUCAUAUAUAUAUAUAUAUAUAUAUAUAUAUAUAUAUAUAUAGAUAUAUAUAUAUGAUAUAUAUAUAUAUAUAUAUAUAUAUAUAUAUAUAUAUAUAUAUAUAUAUAUAUAUAUAUAGGUGGGGGAUGUGGGGGGUAAGAAGCCCCAGCGGCUUGUGACCCAGUUCCACUUCACCAGCUGGCCAGACUUCGGCGUCCCCUUCACACCCAUCGGCAUGCUCAAGUUCCUCAAGAAGGUCAAGACCUGCAACCCCCAGUACGCCGGCCCCAUCGUGGUCCACUGCAGGUCAGUGAGUGUGUUAUUGGUGGAGGUGGUCCGGUGACGCAUAGAUGCCAAGCUAAUGCUUAAGCUUGGUGGGCUAACACGACCUAGGUUCAGUCACAUACAACGUACUAUCUUUAUGUGCGUGCUCUUUUCUGACUCUCUCUGUCUGUCUGUGUGUCAGUGCUGGGGUGGGGAGGACAGGUACCUUCAUAGUGAUAGACGCCAUGUUGGAUAUGAUGAACACCGAGAGAAAGGUGGACGUGUUUGGCUUUGUCACACGUAUCAGAGCCCAGCGCUGCCAAAUGGUCCAGACAGACGUAAGUUGAACUGACCGCAACAAGAACUAACCACAACAUUACCCUGACCCAAACCAGUACUCAUUAUUACCCUGAGCCAAACAAGACCACAACAGUACUCUCACUGCAAGAAGACCACUUAACAUUAUUACCCUGACCUGACUAAGACCACAUUACCCUGACCUGAAUAAGAUCACACACUCAUAUCAUUAUACUAUAUGAACAGGUUUCCAUUCAAAUCUCAAUACUGGGAGUGUUCAGGGUAUGUGGUAAUUACCCAUUAAUGUUGUGUUGUCAUCUGACUCCUCUUGUGGAUGUAUGAUAUGGGCAUCACAAGUGCACUAAAAGUGUUACCAAUUUCUCUCUCUCCCCCCUCUCUAUCCCCCAUAACUCUCUCUCCUCCCCCCUCUCUCUCCCCCCUCUCUCUCUUCUCUCCCCUCUCGCUCUCUUCUCCCCCCGCUCUCUCUCCUCCACCCUCUCCUCCCCCACUCUCCCUCUCCUCCCCCCUCUCUCCACCCUCUCUCUCUCUCCUCCCCCAUCCCCCCCUCCCUCUCUCCCCCCCUCCCUUCUCUCUCUCUCCCCCUCCCCUCUCUCUAUCCCCCCCUCCCUCUCUCCACAGAUGCAAUACGUGUUCAUCUUCCAGGCCAUGCUGGAGCACUAUCUGUACGGGGACACUGAGCUGGAGGUGACCUCCCUGGAGUCCCACCUGGCCAAGCUCUAUGCCCCCUCCACCGCCGCCGGCUGUGGGGGCAUGGAAGCGGAGUUCAAGGUGAUUUAAUUUGCUUGGUACAAUGGAACUAAUGGAAUAGUCCCAAAAGUGCAAAGCACAAGCUUAAGCAAGCUCACUUCACCUACGCUUAAAUGUUUGAUAGCCUAUCUGUUUGACUCUGGGUCGUAUUCAUUUGGCACCAAGCGGAAGAAGUUGAUGCAUUGAAAUUGAAACAGGGAGGGACUAACUGAAAAUGCUUGUUUUUGUUUUCCUUGCAACAUGUUUUGCUUUGGUGUGAACUAAUGAAUAUGACCCAGGUCUAAACCAUUGAAGUAGCACUCUGAGAGCUAAGUUGUUAGUUGUUUUAGAGCCUGUGGUUUUGUCUCCCCACACAGAAGCUGACUUCCAUCAAAAUCCAGAACGACAAGAUGAGGACAGGCAACCUGCCGGCUAACAUGAAGAAGAACAGAGUUCUCCAGAUCAUCCCAUGUGAGUGACGGCUCCAAACCUUGCCUGAGACCUGAAAACUUGUGUUAGCUCCCUGAGCUAAUGCCUAGGCUUUAGCUCAGCAGAUUAACGCAGACUGGUGUUCAAACCAAGUCGGUCACAUAACUCCAUGUAAUGUAACCUGUUUAUUGGGGUCUCGUAGAUGAGUUCAACAGAGUGAUCAUCCCAGUCAAGAGAGGGGAGGAGAACACGGACUAUGUCAACGCCUCCUUCAUUGACGUGAGUAGAUGGAACCACUGUCAAACCCAACACCUGACUAUGGCUCACUUCACCUGUGUUAGGAGUGUUUUUAAAAACGUUAGCACAGAUACAAGUUCGUCUUCACAUAAAAGGUGAAAAGAUGGUCCUGUGUAGCUCAGUUGGUAGAGCAUGGCGCUUGCAACGCCAGGGUUGUGGGUUUGAUUCCCACGGGGGACCAGUACGAAAAUGUAUGCACUCACUACUGUAAGUCGCUCUGGAUAAGAGUGUCUCCUAAAUGACUAAAAUGUGAAUGUAAGGAGAUUCCUAUCAGGAGAUGUGGGAGUGAUGAUAGAGUAGAGACCCUUGGUAAGGGUAGACCCCUAGUGUACAAAAACAAGUGAAAACAUCCAACAUAGGAGAUGAGUCUAAUACAGGCAGAAAUUGAUCCUACAGUGGUUGUUGUGUGUAUGUCUAAGCUGGCGCGUGUGUGUGUGUGUGUGUGUGUAUAUGUAUGUGUGUGUGUGUGAACACACCUAACCUCUGUGUAUCUCUACCUGUGUCUGGUGCAGGGCUACCGUCAGAAGGACUCGUACAUGGCCAGCCAGGGCCCGCUGCGGCACACCAUCGAAGACUUCUGGAGGAUGAUCUGGGAGUGGAGGAGCUGCUCCAUAGUCAUGCUCACUGAGCUGGAGGAGAGAGGACAGGUAGAGAGGGAUGGAGGGAGUAGAUAGAUAGGACAGGUAGAGAGGGAUGGAGGGAGUAAAUAAUAGGCACAUUAGAGAUGGAUUGAGUGAGUAGAUCGAUAGGACAGGUCGAGAGGGGCUGGGGGAGUAAAUAUAUAGGCAGGUAGGAGGGAUGGAGGGGUAUAUAGGAACAGGUAGAGAGGGAUUGAGGGAGUGAGUAGAGGAACAGGUAAGAGGGAUUGAGAUAGAUAAGAGGACAUGUAGAGAGGGAUGGAGGGAGUAGAUAAUAGGACAGGUAGAGAGUAGGAGGGGAUGGAGGGGUAGAGAGGGAUAGGGAGAGAUAGAGAGGACGGGGAGAGGAGGAGGAGAGAGGGAGAUAGAUAGAUAGGACAGGUAGAGAGGGAUGGAGGGAGAGUAGAGUAGAUAGAUAGGACAGAGAGAGGGAUGGAGGGAGUAGGAGAAGGUGAGAGAGGGAUUGAGGGAGUAGAUAGAGAGGCAGGUAGCGAGGGAGUAGAUAGAAGGACAGGUAGAGAGGGGUGGAGGGGAGUAGAUAGAGGACAGGUAGAGAGGGAUGGAGGGGUAAUAGAUAGACAGGUAGAGAGGGAUGGAGGGAGUAGAUAGAGAGGACAGGUAGAGAGGGAUGGAGGGAGGGAGUAGAUAGAGAGGACAGGUAGAGAGGGAUGGAGGGAGUAGGAUAGAGAGGACAGGUAGGGAGAGGGGAUGGAGGGUAGUAGGGGUGAGAGGAUAGACAGGUAGAGAGGGAUGGAGGGGUAGUAGAUAGAUAGGACAGGUAGAGAGGGAUGGAGGGAGUAGAUAGGACAGGUAGAGAGGGAUGGAGGGGAUAGAGUAGGACAGGUUAGAGAGGGAUGGAGGGAGAAGUUAGGAUAGAGGGACAGGUAGAGAGGGAUGGAGAGGAGAGAAGUAGAUAGAUAGGACAGGUAAGAGGGGAUGGAGGAGUAGUAAGAGUAGAUAGGACAGGUAGAGGGGGAUGGAGGGAGUAGAUAGGACAGGUGAGAGAGGGAUGGAGGGAGUAGGAGAGGACAGGUUAGAGAGGGAUUGAGGGGUAGAUAGAGAGGACAGGUAGGGGAGGGGAGGAGGGAAGUAGAUGAUGGACAGGGUAGAGGGGAUGGAGGGAGUAGGAUAGGGAAGGUAGUAGAGAGGGAUGAGGGAGUAGAUAGAUAAAAGGGCAGGUAGAGAGGGAUGGAGGGAAGUAGAUAGGGACAGGUAGAGAGGGAUGGAGGGAGUAGAUAGAUAGGACAGGUAGAGAGGGAUGGAGGGAGUAGAUAGAUAGGACAGGUAGAGAGGGAUGGAGGGAGUAGAUAGAGAGGACAGGUAGAGAGGGAUGAGGGAGUAGAUAGAGAGGACAGGUAGAGAGGGAUGGAGGGAGUAGGAUAGAGGACAGGUAGAGAGGGAUGGAGGGAGUAGAUAGAGAGGACAGGUAGAGAGGGAUGGAGGGAGUAGAUAGAUAGGACAGGUAGAGAGGGAUGGAGGGAGUAGAUAGAGAGGACAGGUAGAGAGGAUGGAGGGAGUAGAUAGAGAGGACAGGUAGAGAGGGAGGAGGGAGUAGGUAGAUAGGACAGGUAGAGAGGGAUGGGGGAGUAGUAGAUAGGAAAGGAAAGGUAGAGGGGAUGGAGGGAGUAGAUAGAUAGGACAGGUAGAGAGGGAUGGAGGGAGUAGAUAGAUAGGACAGGUAGAGAGGGAUGGAGGGAGUAGAUAGAGAAGGGUAAGUGUAGAGAGGGGGAAGGAGGGAGGAGUAGAUAGAGAGGACAGGUAGAGAGGGAUGGAGGGAGUAGAUAGAUAGGACAGGUAGAGAGGGAUGGAGGGAGUAGAUAGAUAGGACAGGUAGAGAGGGGAUGGAGGGGAGGUUAGAGUAGAUAGAUAGGACAGGUAGAGAGGAUGGAGGGAGUAGUAGUAGAUAGAGAGGACAGGUAGAGAGGGAUGGAGGGAAGUAGUAGUAGGACAGGUAGAGAGGGAUGGAGGGAGUAGAGUAGAGGAGUAGAGAGGACAGGUAGAGAGGGAUGGAGGGAGUAAGAUAGUAGGACAGGUAGAGAGGGAUGGAGUUGAGAGUAGAGUAGAUAGAUAGGACAGGUAGAGAGGGAUGGAGGGAAAAGUAGAGUAGAGAAGGACAGGUAGAGAGGGAUGAGGGAGUAGAUAGAGAGGAGGUAGAGAGUGGAGGAGAGUAGAAGAGGACAGGUAAGAGGGAUGGAGGGAGUAGAGUAGAAUAGAAGGACAGGUAAGAGAGGGAUGGAAGGGAGUGAGGAAUAGAUAGGACAGGUAGAGAGGGAUGGAGGGAGUAGAAUAGAGUAGAUAGAGAGGACAGGUAGAGAGGGAUGGAGGGGGUAGAGAUAGAGAUAGAGAGAAGGGAGGUAGAUAGAGGAAAGGGGAGGGAGAGGAGUAGGAGAGGACAGGUAGAGAGGGAUGAGGGGAGAUAGAUAGAGGACAGGUAGAGAGGGAUGGAGGGAGAGAGUAGAUAGAGAGGACAGGUAGAGAGGGAUGGAGGGUAGGGUAGAUAGAUAGGACAGGUAGAGAGGGGGAUGGAGGGAGUAAGAGUAAAGAUAGGGUAGGAAACAGGUAGAGAGGGAUGGAGGGAGUAGAUAGAGAGGACAGGUAGAGAGGGAUGGAGGGAGUAGAGUAGUAGGGGAGACAGGUAGAGAGGGAUGGAGGGAGUAAGAUAGAUAGAAGGACAGGUAGAGAGGGAUGGAGGGAGUAGAUAGAUAGAGAGGACAGGUAGAGAGGGAUGGAGGGAGUAGAUAGGACAGGUAGAGAGGGAUGGAGGGAGGUAAAUAGAUAGGACAGGUAGAGAGGGAUGGAGGGAGUAGAUAGAGAGGACAGGUAGAGAGGGAUGGAGGGAGUAGAUAGAUAGGACAGGUAGAGAGGGAUGGAGGGAGUAGAUAGAGAGUAGUAGAGGGAGGGAGUUAGUAGAGACGGGUAGAGAGGGAAUGGAGGGAGUGAUAGAUAGAUAGGACAGGUAGAGAGGGAUGGAGGGAAGAGUAGAUAGGAGAGGACAGGUAUAGAGAGGGGAUGGAGGGAGUAAUAGGGCAGGUAGAGGGGAUGGGAUAGAUAGGACAGGUAGAGAGGGAUGGAGGAUGAGUAGAAGGACAGGUAGAGAGGGAUGGAGGGAGAAGAAGGAAGGAGUAGAUAGGAGGGAUAGGGGGAAGGAGUAGAUAGUAGAGAGGGAUGGAGGAGGGAGUAGAUAGAUAGGACAGGUAGAGAGGGAUGGAGGGAGUAGAUAGAAGGACAGGUAGAGAGGGAUGGAGGGAGUAGAUAGAGAGGACAGGUAGAGAGGGAUGGAGGGAGUAGUAGAAGACAGUAGAGAGGGAUGGAGAGUAGAAUGGAGGGAGUAGAAGGAUAGGAGAUAGAUAGGAACAGGUAGAGAGGGAUGGGAGGGAAAGAGAUAGAUAGGAAGGUUAGCGAGAGGAUGGAGGGAGUAGAUGGAAGGUAGGAGGGUAGGAGGAGAGAUAGAGAAGGGAUGGAGGGAGUUAGAUAGGACAGGUAGAGAGGGAUGGAGGGAGAGUAGAUAGAGAGGAAGGUAGGAGGGGAUGGAGGGAGUAUAGAUAGGACAGGUAGAGAGGGAUGGAGGAGUAGUAGAGGACAGGUAGAAGGGGAGGAAAGGUAGAGAGGGGAUGGAGGGAGUGUAGAUAGAUAGGACAGGUAGUAGAGAGGGAUGGAGGAGUAGAUGACAGGUGAGGGAUGGAAGAGUAGAUAGGACAGGUAGGAGGUGAGGGAGUAGAUAGAGAGGACAGGUAGAGGGGAUGGAGGGAGUAGACGAUAGGACAGGUAGAGAGGGGGGAUGGAGGGAGAGAUAGAUGAGAGGACAGGUAGAGAGGGAUGGAGGGGGAUAGAUAUGGGCAGGUAGAGAGGUGAGGAGGUAGAGUAGAUAGGAAGGUAGUAGAGAGGGAUGGAGAGGAGUAGAUAGGGACAGGUAGAGAGGGAUGGAGGGAGUAAGUAGAUGUAGACAGUUAGAGGAGGAGGUGAAGGAAGGGAGGGAGGAGAGUAGAUAGAUAGACAGGUUAGAGAGAGGGAUGGAGGGAAGAUAGAUAGGACAGGUAGAGAGGGAUGGAGGGAAGUAUAGAUAGGACAGGUAGAGGGGAUGGAGGGAGUAGAUGAGAGAGGACAGGUAGAGAGGAUGGAGGGAGUAGAUAGAGAGGAAGGUAGAGAGGGAUGGAGGGAGUAGAAGAAGGACAGUAGAGAGGGAUGGAGGGAGUAGAUAAGAAGGACAGGUAGAGAGGACAGGAGUAGAUAGAAACUGAAGGUAGGAGGGGAUGGAGGGAGAGUAGAUCAGAAGGACAGGAGGAGGAUGGAGGGGUGUGUGACAUUGAGAGGAUGAGAGUAGAUAAGGAAAGGAAGAGGGAUGAGGGAGUUUAGCGGUAGAGAGGGUCGAGCGAUUAGAGGACAUCGAAGUUAGCGAGUAAAUGAAGGUUGGGGGGGGAGAGAUUUUGCUUGGAACAGGAAAGAUGAGGAAGAGUAGUUGACAGGUAAUAAUUAGAUUAGAGAGUGAUAGGCAGUAAAUUGGGGUGAUUAACUAAGGGGGGGGUGGUAAAGUACAAGGUGGGGGGGGGGGUAGGAGAUAUUUAAUUUGAAGGAUUAUUGUAAGGUAAGAGGAUAUAUCCAAUUGAUCUGUUUACAAUUGUAGAAUAGAGUGUUUUGUCCGCACAAUUAAGAUUAUGCCCCCCAGCUAGGAAGGGUUUUACAUUUUUUUUUUGGGGGGGUGAGGUACCAAUUUUUUUUUUUUAAAAAGAAAGGGGGGGGGGGGGGCCUCAGUGGGAGUGCCCUCCGGGGGGUGUCCCCCGGGGGGAAAAGGGGAAAAGGGACGGUAGAGAGGGAUGGAGGGUAGAUAGAAGGACAUGGGGGGGAUGAGAGAGUUCAGAUAGAUAGGAAAGAGUAGAGAGGGGGAUGGAGGAGUAGAUAGAUAGGACAGGUAGAGGAGGGCUGGAAGAGUAGAUAGAUAGACAGGUAGGAGGGAUGGGAGGGAGAGAGUGCUAGAUAGGACGGUAGAGAGGGAUGGAGGGAAGUAGAUAGAGAGGACAGUAGAGAGGGAUGGAGGGAGGAGGAGGCAACAGAAGGAGGGAUGGGCGAAAGGAGGAGAGCGCAGGGACGCUGGGUGCUUUGACUAAUCUGACGACAUUGUGUUCACUAAGCUCAGUCAAGCCAGUAAAGUAUAUUAUAACUAAGAACAAUGAUUGGAAGAGGAAUGUUUUCUUAUUGGUCUGUUUCCUGGUUCUGUCUCGUGAUUAGAGGAUCAUUCUCUGUUAGUUUAAAGCCUGGUAAAUGACUCCUCAGUCUGUCUCGAUCUCUCCGUCUGUCUGUCUCUCUCACUCUCUUUGUUUCUCUUUGGGAAAGGGAAAGAGGGAUACCUAGUCAGUUGUACAUUUACUUUUACAUUUACGUCAUUUAGCAGACGCUCUUAUCCAGAGCGACUUACAAAUUGGUGCAUUCACCCUAUAGCCAGUGGGUUAACCACUUUACAAUACUUUUUUUUUUUUUUUUUUUUUUGGGGGGGGGGGUAGAAGGAUUACUUUUACAUUUACAUUUAACUAUUUUCUACAUUGUAGAAUAAUAGUGAACACAUCAAAACUAUGACAUAACACAUAUGGAAUCAUAUUUACAUUUACAUUUAAGUCAUUUAGCAGACGCUCUUAUCCAGAGCGACUUACAAAUUGUUGCAUUCACCCUAUAGCCAGUGGGGGGGGGGGGGGGGGGGGGGGGGGUAGAAGGAUUACUUCAUCCUAUCCCAGGUAUUCCUUAAAGAGGUGGGGUUUCAAAUGUCUCCGGAAGGUGGUGAGUGACUCCGCUGUCCUGGCGUCGUGAGGGAGCUUGUUCCACCAUUGGGGUGCCAGAGCAGCGAACAGUUUUGACUGGGCUGAGCGGGAACUAGGCUUCCGCAGAGGAAGGGGAGCCAGCAGGCCAGAGGUGGAUGAACGCAAUGCCCUCGUUUGGGUGUAGGGACUGAUCAGAGCCUGAAGGUACGGAGGUGCCGUUCCCCUCACUGCUCCAUAGGCAAGCACCAUGGUCUUGUAACGGAUGCAAGCUUCAACUGGAAGCCAGUGGAGUGUGCGGAGGAGGGGGGUGACGUGAGAGAACUUGGGAAGGUUGAACACCAGACGGGCUGCGGCAUUCUGGAUGAGUUGUAGGGGUUUAACGGCACAGGCAGGGAGCCCAGCCAACAGCGAGUUGCAGUAAUCCAGACGGGAGAUGACAAGUGCCUGGAUUAGGACCUGUGCCGCUUCCUGUGUAAGGCAGGGUCGUACUCUCCGAAUGUUGUAGAACAUGAACCUGCAGGAUCGGGUCACCGCCUUGAUGUUAGCGGAGAACGACAGGGUGUUGUCCAGGGUCACGCCAAGGCUCUUCGCACUCUGGGAGGAGGACACAACGGAGUUGUCAACCGUGAUGGCGAGAUCAUGGAACGGGCAGUCCUUCCCCGGGAGGAAGAGCAGCUCCGUCUUGCCAGGGUUCAGCUUGAGGUGGUGAUCCGUCAUCCAUACUGAUAUGUCGGCCAGACAUGCAGAGAUGCGAUUCGCCACCUGGUUAUCAGAAGGGGGAAAGGAGAAGAUUAGUUGUGUAUCGUCAGCGUAGCAAUGAUAGGAGAGGCCAUGUGAGGAUAUGACAGAGCCAAGUGACUUGGUGUAUAGGGAGAAAAGGAGAGGGCCUAGAACUGAGCCCUGGGGGACACCAGUGGUGAGAGCACGUGGUGCGGAGACAGCUUCUCGCCACGCCACUUGGUAGGAGCGACCGGUCAGGUAGGACGCAAUCCAGGAGUGAGCCGCGCCGGAGAUGCCCAGCUCGGAGAGGGUGGAGAGGAGGAUCUGAUGGUUCACAGUAUCAAAGUGAGGAGAAUGUGGCAAAGAGCUUCCUAGGGUUAGAAGCAGAUGCUUGGAAUUUAGAGUGGUAGAAAGUGGCCUUAGCAGCAGAAACAGAUGAAGAAAAUGUAGAGAGGAGGGAGUGAAAAGAUGCCAGGUCGGCAGGGAGUUUAGUUUUCUUCCAUUUCCGCUCCGCUGCCCGGAGCUCUGUUCUGUGAGCUCGCAAUGAGUCAUCAAGCCACGGAGCUGGAGGGGAGGACCGAGCCGGCCGGGAGGAUAGGGGACACAGGGAGUCAAAGGAUGCAGAAAGGGAGGAGAGGAGGGUUGAGGAGGCAGAGUCAGGAGAUUGGAGGGAGAAGGAUUGAGCAGAGGGAAGAGAUGAUAGGAUGGAAGAGGAGAGAGUAGUGGGAGAGAGAGAGCGUGCCUUGUGAGUAGGGGGGGGACGGUGAGAGGGUGAGGUCAAAAGAGGAGAGGAGUGGAAAGAAGGAGGCAGAGAGAAAUGAGUCAAAUGUAGACGUAGGGAGGUUGAAAUCCCCCAAAACUGUGAAGGGUGAGCCAUCCUCAGGAAAGGAACUUAUCAAGGCGUCAAGCUCAUUGAUGAACUCUCCAAGGGAACCUGGAGGGCGAUAGAUGACAAGGAUAUUAAGCUUAAAUGGGCUAGUGACUGUGACAGCGUGGAAUUCAAAUGAGGAGAUAGACAGAUGGGUUAGGGGAAAAAUUGAGAAUGACCACUUGGGAGAGAUGAGGAUUCCUGUGCCACCACCCCUCUGACCAGAUGCUCUCGGGGUAUGCGAGAACACAUGGUCAGACGAGGAGAGAGCAGUAGGAGUAGCAGUGUUUUCAGUGGUAAUCCAUGUUUCCGUCAGCGCCAGGAAGUCGAGGGACUGGAGGGUAGCAUAGGCUGGGAUGAAGUCAGCCUUGUUGGCGGCAGAACGGCAGUUCCAGAGGCUGCCUGAGACCUGGAACUCCAGGUGUGUGGUGAGUGCAGGGACCACCAGGUUAGAGAGGCAGCAGCCACGCGGUGUGAGGCGUUUGUGUAGCCUGUGCGGAGAGGAGAGAACAGGGAUAGGCAGAGGCAUAGUUGACAGGCUGCAGCAGAUGGCUACAAUAAUGCAGAGGAGAUCGGAAUGAAAUGAACUAAACAUCUGGGAAAGGAGAGAGCAGGCCUCCCUCACCAAAAAAAUAUAACUCUCCCAACUUCCACCUCAGAAACUAUAAUUGUUUCACUGAACCACCCGAAUAAAACUCUCCCAACUUCCACUUUAGAAAUUAGAAUUGUUGUAAACUACAGCGGUUCAAUGUUUCAAUGAAUAGACUCAACUUACUUUAUUCAGCUAGCUAACUAUGACGCCAUAGCUAACUAGCAUGCUAGCAUCCAAUAACACACAGUUUAGCACCAAUACUUGGUUACAACAAACUACCAAUAGUGUGUGAACACACUAAACAGAUAAUUCGUGUCCGUGUCUAGUUCUUUCAUAACGCAGCAAUGAUUAAACGUUGGCUAGCUAGCACAAAGAUAUUGUAUAUUAGCUACUACAGUACAGCCAGCUGGUAGUGUUGGCUAGCUAGCAAUGGCUGCUGUGUUGACUUUGUUUGAAAAAAACGGCGUCGCUGCGAACGAAUGUAGCUGGCUAAAAGGAUAUUGUUUUUAGUUGCUACCGUUGCUAAUAGCUACUCGCCAGCUAAUCCAGGAGGUGAGUUAGCUAGCUAGCUUCGUGCUACACCCGGCACCGCCGACUACAAAAGUAACCUACAAUAACUACACAACAACUACCCACAACAGCCCACGAUGCCUACCUAUACUACUUAAUAAUAUACAGCCCACGAUGCCUACCUAUAAUACCUAACUACAAUCUAAAUACAUAGUUUAAGCCUUACUCGACAAAGCCCAAGCUAUGUAUAAAGCCAAACUGGCAUACUGCAAUCAGUAGCUGUAAUUAAGUACAGCAGCUACCAACCACCUAACGUUAAUGCCUCGGAUAAUGAGGUUAGAAAAACAGCUGAAUGGUGGCAGCUAGCUGGCUCAAUCACAGGUACUCUUAAGCGUGAAAUAACAUUGGAAACAACUAACCACAGUUGCUAAAAGUUACCAGUAGCUACCCGCUAGCUAGCUAGCUAGCUUUGUUGGUCCAAGUAGUGGGUAGGCUAGCCUCGUGCUUCGCCGGGGUCCGCCGAAUACAAUACUUACCUACAAUAACCUACAAUAACUACCUGAGUAAACUACCUAUAAUACCUAACUACAAUACCUACCUACAAUCUAAAUACAUGGUUUAAGCUUUACUCAACACCAUAUAAGAAGCCAAGCUUACCUCCUGCUAGAGAAAACACAACCUACAACUGAAUGCAUUCAACUGAUAUGUGUCUUCCGCAUUUAACCCAACCCCUCUGAAUCAGAGAGGUGCAGAGUGCUGCCUUAUUCGACAUCCACGUCUUCGGCGCCCGGGGAACAGUGGGUUAACUGCCUUGCUCAGCGACAGAACGACAGAUUUUUACCUUGUCAGCUCGGGGAUUUGAUCCAGCAACCUUUCGGUUACUGGCUCAAUGCUCCUACCCGCCAGGCUACCUUUGUCUGUCUGUCUGUGAGUGUCUGUCUCUCGCUAAUCUUUUUCUAUCUGCCUCUCUCUAUCUACCUUCCUCUCUCUCUCUGUAGGAGAAGUGUGCCCAGUACUGGCCCAGUGAUGGGGUGAUGGUGUGUGGGGACAUCUCCAUUGAGCUGAAGAAGGAGGAGGAGAGUGAGAGCUACACUGUUAGAGACCUCCUGGUCACCAACAACAGGGUGAGGACAGAGGCUGCCUCAAAAAACACUAGCAGUCAACAUAACCCAUUCAAAACUCUCCACACACACACACACACACACACACACACACACACACCCCAAGCAGAAGUAAACUAGAUUCGAUUUGUCACUUCUAUGUGUCUUCAGUGUGUGUUUGUAUGUGUGGGCAGUGUUUACCCCUAUAUUAUUUUUAUCAGGAUGGUAAAAAGUUUUCAGUGUAAACUUAAAUGACUAAAACCAGGUAUAAAGUAUGUAGAAAAAUAAUGGCGCAAUAUAUUUUUUAAUCAUCAUUUUAGAUGAUACUAAUAACUAACAACUACCUAAAUAAAAACUAGACAGUCAGGGAUUCCAAAAAAAAUCAAAAAAUGUAAUUGCAUGGGGCCCUCAUUGAUUUUGUUAUAAUAUUUGAGUCACUCAGAUGGCAUAAGAACACUGCAUAAGACUGCCACUACCCCCCUACGCUAACUUUGCCACCGCUGCUGAAAAACCCCCUAGGGGAAACACUGGUGGUGGGUGUCUCUCUUCCUGUCUGACUCUUUCCUUUCUCACUCUUUAGGAGAACAAGGCUCGUACGGUGAGACAGUUCCAUUUCCAUGGCUGGCCAGAAGUGGGCAUCCCCAGUGACGGGAAGGGCAUGAUCAACAUCAUCGCUGCGGUCCAGAAGCAGCAGCAACAAUCUGGCAACCACCCAAUAACUGUCCACUGCAGGUAACCUACACCUAACAUUUUAACAAUUUAUCAUAUUUUGUGAGUACGUGUACUCACAAAGCUAACCUUUGUGUGUGUGUGUCAGUGCGGGCGCGGGGCGGACGGGGACCUUCUGUGCCCUGAGCACGGUCCUGGAGCGGGUGAAGGCUGAGGCCAUCCUGGACGUCUUCCAGACCGUCAAGAGCCUCCGGCUGCAGAGACCCCACAUGGUUCAGACACUGGUGAGGACACACUAUGUUACGCAACACCUAGAUACAUGAUGCAGACUGUUACACUAUCUCAAAUGGAUGUUGCAGUUUCACCAAUUAAGGAUUUCAGCUUUAAUGAUGUGUGUUAUAAUAAUGCAAUUAUUCAACCUGAGUUUAGCCAACUGUACAAUGCACGUGAUGCAAUUGCGAGUUGCAAGCUUAGGAACUCGCAUUGAAUAAAUAUGCCUUCCUGUAUUUUGGAAAUUUGACGGUUAUUUUUCGAUCACUGCUCACUGCCAAUUGCUCACGCUAAAUGUCCCCCUAUGUGAAAAAUAUGGAAAGUAUUGUGAAAACGGUGCUGGCUAAAGUUUCUACCUAGAGCUCAACCAAUAUUUGAUUUGAUAUGUAUUUUUUUGGGUCCGAUGCCGAUUUUUUGGGGGGGACAAAACUUAGUGAUUCCGAUAUCUUUUUACAGCGGGGAAAUGAAAAAGUGUAAUUUUUCCACACUGAAUUCUCAUCAAUUGCAAUCCAUUGUGAUAAUGGCGCCGGAGGGGAUGGCUGCCGUUUUACAGGCUCCUAACCAACUGUGCUAUUUUGUGUGUUUUUCCGCAUUGUUUGUAACUUAUUUUGUACAUGUUGCUGCUACGGUUUCUUAUGACCGAAAAGAGCUUCUGGAUAUCAGAACAGCGAUUACUCACCUCGAACUGGACGAAGAUUUUUUCUUUAAUGAGUCCGACGCGAAGGAUAUACUGCUUCUCCAAGACCGGGCCUAAAUCCCUGUCAUUUGUUUGAAGAAAAGACGGAAAUACAGGGGGCGGAGAUCGGGGUGCCUUGUGAGAAUUUGUCGGUGAGUGGGUAACCCGCCUCUACCAUCCGUUCUAUUGUCCAACGUGCAAUCACUGGAGAAUAAACUGGAUGAUCUCCGUUCAAGACUAUCCUACCAACGAUUAAAAACUGUAAUAUGUUUCACCGAGUCGUGGCUGAACGGCGACACGGAUAAUAUACAGAUGGCUGGGUUUUCCAUGCAUCGGCAGGACAGAACAGCUACGUCUGGUAAGACGAGGAGUGGGGGUAUGUGUCUAUUUGUCAAUAACCGCUGGUGCGCGAUGUCUAAUAUUAAGGAAGUUUUGAGGUAUUGCUCGUCUGAGGUAGAGUACCUCAUGAUAAGCUGUAGACCACACUAUCUACCAAGAGAGUUUUCAUCAAUAUUUUUUGUAGCCGUCUAUUUACAACCACAAACCGAUGCUGGUACUAAGACCGCACUCAACGAGCUGUAUAAAGCCAUAAGCAAACAAGAAAAUGCUCAUCCAGAAGCGGCGCUCCUAGUGGUCCGGGGACUUUAAUGCAGGCAAACUUAAAUCUGUUUUACCUUUCUACCAACAUGUCACGUGCAACCAGAGGGAAAAUAACUCUAGACCACCUUUACUCCACACACAGAGACGCAUACAAAGCUCUCUCUCGCCCUCCAUUUGGCAAAUCUGACCUUUUUUUUUUCUUCACCUUUAUUUAACCAGGUAAGCCAGUUGAGAACAAGUUCUAAUUUACAACUGCGACCUGGCCAAGAUAAAGCAAAGCAGUGCGAUAAAAACAACAACACAGAGUUACAUAUGCAAGCAAAAACUAAAGCAGGAAGUACCAGUGACUCGCUCAAUACGGAAGUGGUCAGAUGACGCAGAUGCUACACUACAGGACUGUUUUGCUAGCACAGACUGGAAUAUGUUCCGGGAUUCAUCCAAUGGCAUUGAGGAGUAUACCACCUCAGUCACUGGCUUCAUCAAUAAGUGCAUCGACGACCUUGUCCCCACAGUGACCGUACGUACAUAUCCCAACCAGAAGCCGUGGAUUACAGGUAACAUCUGCACCGAGCUAAAGGCUAGAGCUGCCGCUUUCAAGGAGCGGGACGCUAAUCCGGGCGCUUAUAAGAAAUCCCGCUAUGCCCUCAGACGAACCAUCAAACAGGUAAAGCGUCAAUACAGGACUAAGAUUGAAUCCUAGUACACCGGCUCUGACGCUCGUCGGAUGUGGCAGGGCUUGCAAACUAUUACAGACUACAAAGGGAAACCCAGCUGCGAGCUGCCCAGUGAUGUGAGCCUACCAGACGAGCUAAAUGCCUUUUAUGCUCACUUCAAAGCAAGCAAAACUAAAACAUGCAUGAGAGCACCAGCUGUUCCGGAUGACUGUGUGAUCACGCUCUCCGUAGCCGAUGUGAGCAAGACCUUUAAACAGGUCAAUUUACUGCCCACAAAGCUCAUCACUAAGCUAAGGACCCUGGGACUAAACACCUCUAUCUGCAACUGGAUCCUGGACUUCCUGACGGUCCGCCUCAGGUGGUAAGGGUAGGCAACAUCACAUCUGCCACGCUGAUCCUCAACACAGGGGCCCCUCAGGGGUGCGUGCUUAGUUCCCUCCUGUACUCCCUGUUCACCCACGACUGUGUGGCCAAGCACGACUCCAACACCAUCAUUCAGUUUGUUGAUGACACAACAGUGGUAGGCCUGAUCACCGACAACGAUGAGACACCCUAUAGGGAGGAGGCAAGAGACAGCAACCUCUCCCUCAACGUGAGCAAGACAAAGGAGCUGAUCGUGGACUACAGGAAAAGGAGGGCCGAACACGACCCUGUUCACAUCGACAGGGCUGUAGUGGAGCGGGUCGAGAGUUUCAAGUUCCUUGGUGUCCACAUCACCAACAAACUAUCAUGGUCCAAACACACCAAGGCAGUCGUGAAGAGUGCACGACAACACCUUUUCCCCCUCAGGAGACUGAAAAGAUUUGGCAUGGGUCCCAAGAUCCUCAGUAGCCCCAGAUCCAUCGGUAGCAUCACCGCCUGGUAUGGCAACUGCUCGGCAUCGGACCCUAAGGCGCUACAGAGGGCGUACGGCCCAGUAAUUCACUGGGGCCAAGUUUCCUGCCAUCCAGGACCUAUAUACUAGGCGGUGUCAGAGGAAGGCCCAAAAAAUAGUCAGACUCCAGUCACCCAAGUCAUAGACUGUUCUCUCUGCUACCGCACGGCAAGCGGUACCGAAGCGCCAAGUCUAGGUCCAAAAGGCUCCUUAGCAGCUUCUACCCCCAAGCCAUAAGACUGCUGAACAAUUAAUCAAAUGGCCACCUGGACUAUUUACAUUGACCCCCUCCCCUUUGUUUUUACACUGCUGCUACUCGCUGUUUAUUAUCUAUGCAUAGUCACUUUACCCCUACCAACAUGUACAAAUUACCUCGACUAACCUGUACCCCCACACAUUGACUCGGUACCAGUACCCCCUGUAUAUAGCCUCGUUAGUUUUAUUGUGUUAGUUUUUAUUUUAUUUUUUACUUUAGUUUAUUUAGUAAAUAUUUUCUUAACCAACAAUGCAGUUCAAGAUAUUGUUAAGGGCUUGUAUUUGGCGCAUGUGAGAAAUAAAAUUUGAUUUGAUUUGAAAAGAGCAAUUGUCCAAUAACUAUGCUUAAAAUGUUGAUUUCAUACAUUGUGACGUUUAUUUUUUAUUUAUUUUUACAUUUUAGUCAUUUAGCAGACACUCUUAUCCAGAGCGACAUCAAACAGAUUUUUCAUCUAGUCGGCUUGGGGAUUCGAACCAGCAGCCUUUCGGUUACUGGCCCAACGCUCUUAAGCGCUAGGCUACCUGCAAUAAUGACACAUCAUGAGAAGGUCGCAAGUGUUCAGAUAAGCAUGAGAUUCCCUUUACUCAUCCUAUUUAUUGAAUAUCGGUUAUCGGUUGAAUUAUGGGCCGAUAAUAUCGGUUGGACUCUAUUGCUACCAUACCAACUUUGUUGUCAACAACAAAUGUAAACACAAACAAGAAAGUAUAAACUCCUCAACGAGCUCUUGGCUCACCCAGUCAGAAACUCACCUCUGUCCACUUUCUUUUUCCCCCAUGUUUCCUUCCUCUUUUUAUGUGAUCACCGCCAAAUGAGAUACUGUGUAUGCGUGUGUGUGUGUGGUUUUGUUCACAUACACAAUUUUCUCUACUGUCUUUUUGGACAGCAUUUAAAACACAACUUUUUCAGUGACUUAGAAUAGUUUUGCAAUUCCGUUUGUGUGCAAAUGAAUUGAUCUUGGUUGUAUAGUUAGUAGUAUCCUUUAUAAUCAUCAUUGUGAUGUUCUCCUCUCUCUCUCUGUUUUAGGAGCAGUACGAGUUCUGCUACAAAGUAGUCCAGGAGUAUAUUGAUGCCUUUUCUGACUAUGCCAACUUCAAGUAGGGACAGACCCACACAUGGGACGGACAUCCAUAUACAGUCAUAAAAACAAAGCAAACACACACGUACCCGACGGAAGCAAAGAAACUGGUUAAGGCUUAGAUGACUGGACAGCCUGCGUGCAUGAAGGAAAAGGGAAUGGAAGUCUUGUGACAGAGCAAAGUGCAGCGCUGCAGUGUACCGGAGGGAGUGAAUAUCAGAGAUGCCUUCUUGAAUAUUUUGUAAUAUUGAUCUUGUUAAUAUGGCUCCCCAUCCAGACAACCCCCAAUCAUGUACAUAUACUUAGCCUGUCACAUUUUGUUGUUUUGUUUUUAAGACCUUUUUUUUUGGCUGCAUUUUUAGGGUGACAUUUAUAAUGUAUUUUAUUGGUUUAUAUAAAUAUAUAUGAAUAUAAAUCGGACGCUUUAGAGGCUUAUGUCAAAAAUCGAGAAUUGAGGGAAUGGUGUUGGUAUUUUUUUAUUUCUCUUGUCUUUUGGUUUUUACAGUUCAGUGACUGAGACUUACGUGGUUGAUGGCUUCAUCUGA